CAGCACUAAUCGUCGCCCACUACGACGGGUACCAAUCAAUCCAUCCAUCCAUCCAUCCAUCAGAAUCCUGUGAAAACAAACGCCAACCAUUCUUCUUCCAUCUUCCUCCUCUAGUGGCUGGCCUACUUCCUCUUCCUCCUAGUAGUAGUGUGCUACAAGCUGCAGGCAAAGGGAGAUAGGAAAGCAUCGAAUCACAUCCUCCAUUAUAUUUAUUUGUAUUCCGGCAUCCGUCGAUCCUUCGUUUUCCACCACUGGAAGGGAAGCGAGCCGAACCAUCCCAGCCUAAGGUUGCUUGCUCCCUUGCAUAGCCGGCCAUGGAGAAGGAGAUCAAUCCGCCGCCGCACACGGAGCCGCAGGACACCACUUCAUCACCAACAGAAGCGAACCCUGCAUCGUCCGACCACCGGCCGCGGACGCAUCUCUCCAUCGACAUCCCGGCGUCAAGCCUGCCCGACCACCUCCCGACGCCGACGGAGGCCGACAUCACCCCAACCCCGACGGGCUCUUCCACCACCACCACCACCACCACCAGCAGAAGGAGCAGCAUCCCCAUCACGCCCGUGUCUUCCUCCAGCAACAGCAACAGGAGCGGCGCCGCACACAGUAAUAAGCCCCUGCGCUCGCCGUCCUUCAUGCUGAGGCAGACGGUCAAGAGCCUCCUGCCCGUGGGGAGCUUCAAGUCCUCGGUCAAGGGCUACGAGGCGUCCUUCUCCAAGUUCUUCAACUCCAAGGUCAUGGCCAGGACGUCCUCGCUUCCUCUCGACGACGUUGCAGGACACCAAGCCGUCGUUGACAAGUCUUCAGCAAGUUCUACUACCGCCACCGAACCUGUACUUCACAUGUGCCGCUCGCAGUCCCUCCCCAUGAACAUGAAGAAAUUCAACGCCAAGAGCUUCAAGAGGAUGGAUUCGCUAGGCGGCGUUUACCGUGUAGUUCCCUCCACACCGAGAGCCCCAGCCGCAAGCAAUGUCGUCCCUGACAUAGUCCCUUCAGAGUCAGGGGUCGGCGAAGAUGACGGCGAGGACAUUCCGGAGGAGGAAGCCGUGUGCCGGAUCUGCAUGGUUGAGCUGUCCGAAGGCAGUGACACCCUGAAGCUGGAGUGCUCCUGCAAGGGUGAGCUUGCUCUAGCACACAAGGACUGUGCCAUGAAGUGGUUCACCAUCAAGGGCACCAGGACCUGCGAGGUGUGCAAGCAGGAUGUGCAGAACCUCCCGGUGACUCUGCUACGUGUUCAGAGCGUGCAGCGCGAGCCGAAUCGCGUCGGCAACGGAGGCAACAGAUCGAGAUACGAUCGGUACAGGGUGUGGCAUGGGACACCUAUCCUUGUAAUCAUAAGCAUCCUGGCGUACUUCUGCUUCCUGGAACAAUUACUGGCGGCCCAUGACGGCAUUGCUGCGCUGGCGAUAUCGCUUCCCUUCUCAUGUAUCCUGGGGCUCUUCUCAUCACUGACAACGACAAGCAUGGUGGCAAGAAGAUACGUUUGGAUCUACGCGGCCGUACAGUUCCUCUUCGUCGUGUUCUUCACCCAUCUGUUUUACAGAUAUCUCCAUUUGCAGGCCGUGAUAUCCAUCAUCCUCGCGACCUUCGCUGGGUUUGGUGUGGGGAUGACCGGGAACUCCAUCAUCAUUGAGAUACUACGGUGGAGGGUGAGGCGGAUGGCGCCUCCUGCCAUGCCCCGCCGUGAUCGCAGAGCGCGUGCAGCCCAGCAGCAGGCUCCGGCGUCUGAUCAACCUUCCGGCCAGUUUUCAGUUGCCGCCGGGGGACAGCACAACACCGUCGCCGCCAGCGAUGUCGAGAACCCCGCCGUCCCCCAGCCAUAGAACUUGUAUAAUAAGCAGUUCUUUUCUAGUUAGUAUAUAUAUGUCUAGCAACUGUAGCUUACCUGCUGAGAGGUUGGGGCCUUAUUUCACUGUACAAAUGGUAGAACAGGCAAAGUCUGGAUUUUGUUUUUUUAAUGGCGAAAUAGAUCCCAAUCUCAUUCCAAGUUCCAGUUUUUUCUUUUGCAGCAUGUAAGUAGCGUAGCAGCACUGAAAAGAAUCAGUGCUGAUGUCCUUCUCUAUCAGCAGGUGCUGAUGCAUACUACCUUGUGAAAGGAAUCAGUAUGCAGUACUGAAAUUUAUGGUGUAAGGUUGUUAGACGUUUCAGUGUGUACUAUAUCCAUUCUCUGCUAAUGUCUUGGGGCACAUAUGUGUAUAUAACCUGUUAGAAAUCUGAAGGAAAACAAGUAAAGUUGUUUGGUA